AUGUUUAUGAUUUAUAUUAUAUUUCUAGUGUGUCAAGUGUUUGGUAGUAAAUCAAGCCGAUUUAUGAAUCCGAAGAUAGAUAUUGUAUAUGAAACUUUAGAAGAUUACAAAUACAUGGCUAAUUUAAACUAAUCGAUUUUAAUUUAAUAUUCAAAGUAUUUUUUAAGAUAAUUAGUUAUUAUGGCACUUAUUCUAUGUCUUUAGUUUAAGAGAGCUAAAAAGAGAUUCCUAUGGCAUAAUCAAUAGAUGGUCAAUUCAAUGAAGGAUGCCAUCCUUAUUCAAGAAAAAUUGCAUAAUCACAAUUAUAAAGCAUCAUACCUAGUUUGCCAUCUGAAACACCAGACUCACUUAAAGGAACAAUUAUAUCUGUUUAUGCUGCAAACUAUUUUGUAUUUGUUCUGAGAAGUGACUUUCAAUUAUUUAUUAUGAAAAUAAAUUACGAUAAAUAGAAUAAGGAUAUUUUAGACUUCUCAUAAUAUUAAAUAAUCAAUUUGACUAUAUAUUUUAAUAAUGUUAAUGAUAAUUCAUAGAUGUUUAAUGCAAAACUAUUAUGUAGUUAAUACUUAAAAUAAGGAGGUCAAAUAUUAUGUUUUAUAAUAAGUGAACAUGGAAUUAUAUAAUUCUCUUAUAAUUAAGUUUAGUAAAUUAUUAUUUAAAAUAUUAAGGGAAAAAAUGAUAUCAAUAACUAAAUUAUUUAAUCUAAAAAAUGAUUCAAUAAAUCACUUUUUUUUUAGUGAUGUAAAUAAUUUACUUUUAAUAACUUAUCCCCACACUGGUGUUGAUAUUUAUAAAAUGAACCAAGAAGGCUAUUUGUACUUUUUAACAACUAUUGAACCUUCUAAGAAUCUAAACUUAAGAUAAUCAAAAAUGGAUGAAACCUCAAAUUAUCUUUACAUCUUAGAUGAAAAUUUGGGUGUUCAUAUUUAUGAUUUCGAUAAAGUUAAUUAAAAAUUUAAAGAAAAUGAAAUGCAUAUUUAUUUAAAAGGAGGAGAUACUUUUGAUUUUCACAAGAAUACAAUGUUUAUUUUAGCUUAAACUGAAGAUUAAUUAUAAUAUGCUUUAGAAGUAUUUAUAGAUUUUAAAAAUAAACAAUAUUAUUUGAAUAAAAUUCAUUAAUUUGGAUAAGAUGUAUAUGAUGUUUAUGUUGGUGAUAUGUUUGUAUUAUUUGUUGGUUCUGAUCAUUUGCAUUAAGUGAUAUAUCAUUCUGUUUAUAAAGAUUUUGAUGCUUAACAUGAAUAAUUUUAUUUCUCUGAUAUAGAUAUAAUUUAAGUGGAUGAAUUGAUUCCUCCUUGGAAAUAACAAUUAUACACAGGUUAAGCAUUUGAAGAUGGCAUUUUGAGCAAUGUGAAUUUGACCUAUUUAUAAACUUACUUAGUAGGAGUAUCAGAAAAUGAAGUUAGUUUAAUUAGAUUAAGAUUAAUUGCUCCUUGGGUUAUUUGUACUGCUUUUGAAUAAAGAAUAGAAGUAAUUCUAUAAAUAAAUUUAGUAUUAUUCAUUGAUUUUAAAUUCUACUCUUUGUCCAUCAUUAUAAAAUCAAUCUCAAAGUCAAUUUAAAUUUUGUUCUCUUUAAGCUAAUUUCAGUUUUGAAGGAGUUGGUAUUAUAAUUUAUGAAGAAGAUCAAACAAUUAUUAUAAUAUUUGGAAUAAUAUUAAUAAUAAUAAUUUUGAUAUUGUUGAUAAUCUUGGUAUAUUGCAGGAAACGUUUAUAUUAAAGUUUAAGUGAAUAAGAAGAAAAAUAAAUAGAAGAAUAUUCUAAUAGAAAAUUUAAUACAGAGAAUUUUAGAACAAUGAUUUGA